AUGUUAACCGAAGAGGAGGGUUGGGUCCUUGCUGAGUCUCGCAGUCAUGAAGAGGCAUCUGGCCCGCUGGACACUGCCACUGGUGUAUUAAAGACAGUGUCUCUCUCCCUGACAGUACCGGUGGUGUCAGUGACGGGGGUGGAGGGAAGGACGGUGGAUCUGCCCUGUGAGGUAUCGCACCCCCCAGGCGACGCCAUCCUCCUCCUCCUGUGGUUCAGAGACCACCUCACCACCCCCAUCUACAGGUUGGACGAGCGGUGGCUGGGCCGUGGGAAGGAGAGGCACUGGUCAGACGAGCAGCAGCUGGGCAGGAGGGCGGUGCUGCAGCUGACCUCGUCCCCAGCGGUGCUUCAGGUGUCCUCUCUCACCAGGGCUGACCAGGGCCUCUACACCUGCCGAGUUGACUUUAGGCAUCACCCUACCAAGACAACCAGAGUCAACCUUACUGUUGUUGUACCCCCGAAGCGCGUGAGUGUGGUGAUGGGAGGACACAAGACCGCCCCCCGCAGCAGGUCGAGCAGUGUGGUGGGUCCUUACCUGGAGGGCGACACACCUAAGCUCACCUGUGUUGCUUAUGGAGGCAACCCUCGUCCAUCUGUUGUCUGGUUCGAAGGUACUUACCUCCUCGACAGCUACAUGGAGUCUGACGCUUCAAGUAAUAUUCACGAAGCUUUUGACGAACUGGGUAUAACGACGCUCGGCCCGGGGCCUCCAACACUACGUCCAGCAUACUUAGGAGAUCCAUUCAAUAUGCUCACUUUGGGGCCCCCAACGCCACGGCCAGCCUAUGGAAGAGGAGACCCAUUUAUUACGCUCACGCCAGGGCGCCCCACUUCAUCGCCAGCCUUUGGAGGGGAGCCGUUCAAUACGCUCUCUCUGGGGCCUCUUAGUCGCAGCCACUUGAAGUUGCUACUUACAUGUGAAGCUUCCAAUAAUAAUAUUACCUUGCCCACCUCCCUCCUGGUCACCGUGGAUAUGAAUUUGCCCCCGUUAAAGGUGGAGAUCAGCCCCCCGGACCCCCAGGCGCCCCUGAGAGCUGGGGAAGAGUACGUGGUGAAGUGUGUGGUGGUGGGAGCCCGUCCACCUCCGACUGUGUCCUGGUGGAGCGGCUUUGAGAGGGUCCUUCAGGCCUCAGUCACGACCUCAGCGGACGGCAAUGUAACCACCAGCAGGCUCCUCCUCGCCCCACGACCUGAGGACAAUGGUUCGACCCUCCGGUGUAUAGCGGAGACCCACUCCCCUCCGGCCACCCUGGAAGACGCCUGGCCUCUCACAGUGCACUACGUGCCGACAGCGAGGUGCAGCUACGGAGCGUCACUGGACUCCACCAACAUCAAGGAGGGAGACGACGUGUACUUUGAGUGUUAUAUUGAAGCAAACCCACCUGUGACGCGGGUCUCUUGGCGGCACAACGACGUGGCGCUGGUGCACAACGUGUCAGCUGGGGUGAUCGUCAGUAACCAGAGCUUGGUGCUACAGCAGGUGGUGAGAGCACAGGCGGGUCGCUACUCCUGCCUCGCUCACAACCCCGUCGGUGAUGGCGCCUCUAACUCUCUGAGACUCGACGUGAAGUACGCCCCUGUGUGCUCGCCAGAGCAGGUCACCACCUACGCCGUGGGUCGCUACGAGGACGCCGAGGUGACCUGUUCCGUGGAGGCCAACCCCUUGCAGGAGUCCUUCCAGUGGACGUUCAACAACACGGCGGACACCAUUGACGUCCCACAGGGGCGGUUCAGUUCGUCCAGCAGCCACAGUGUCAUCACCUACACGCCCAUGACCGCCCUGGACUACGGCACACUGCUCUGCUGGGCAGCUAAUGAGAUAGGAACCCAAAAGACACCUUGUGUGUUCCAUAUUGUACCUGCAGGUAAGCCGGAGGCCCCUAGUAACUGCACGGUGUGGGGCAGGACACGCACCUCUGUCAGGGUGAAGUGUGUGGCAGGGGGCAGUGGUGGUCUACCCCAACACUUCCUUCUGCAGGCCACCCUCAAGGGCACCGUCAGGCAACAAGUCCUCAAUUUCACUGCUUCCUCCAACCCGGACUUUUACGUGGAGGGGCUGCAGGUGGAGGGGAAGUACCAGCUGGUGAUCAGGGCAGUUAACGAUAAGGGAUCCAGCGGUGCUACUCACCUCACUGUCAGUAGCAUCGGCACCAACGGCUCCAUAUACCAGCUGCAUGAUGGCCCCCUGGAAGCCGAAGUCCGAGACGGCGGGAAAACGAACGCAGUCAACGAAGGAUCUCCAGACGGAUCUGAUGAGUCCUACUUCGAUUCACCGGUUCUUCCUACCUUCAUCGUAGGAGUCCUCGGAGUAGGCUCGGCUCUGGUGUUCCUGGUGAUCAUUUUCUUAUUGUUUAUAACCUUCCGUAGGAGACGAAUCAUUCGAAGGGCUCGUCCGCUGUCAGAGUCCUUACAGCAAACGGAGGUGGUGGCUGUGAAACACAUCCCUCAGGGAGAUGCCAGCAAAUCUCCCAAGUGUAGUCAUGAGUCACCUGUGUUAAUGACUCCAGAACAUGAAGUUACCUGUCUGGACAGAGACAUACAGCAGGCGGAGUCUGAGAGCGACGCUGACCCUGACGUGAUCCCGCUACAGGAGGCGUCGUACAGGGGGUAUGAAGUGCCGCCAGCUGCCACCCUUCUGCCCUCUGACCGCUACAAAUACGCCCCCGUCCCCGCCCACCUACCUAACAUUCCAUGUCCUCCCCAGUACAGUGGCGUGUUGGGGGUAGCCCAUGGAGCGCCCCCACUGACGUGUGGCCAACAGGGACAGGGAAACAUCCAUGACCCGUACUGUCCGGGGCCCCACCAUCAGCACCAUCCCCACUAUUCCCAGCAACACCACACCCACCACACCUACAUCCACCAGCCAGCGAGGUCCUCUACACUACCCAGGAGGGGACAUCUCAACCCUACCAACGAUCAGUGUUGUUAUACAUCAACCAUGAACCCCCAGCAGUUCCCCUGCCCGAAUAUGGAAGGAAGCCUCCCACCCCCUCCCCCAGAGUACCUUGACUGUGAGCGAAAGAGGGUGACUUUCUCCAGACACGCGAGUUACGAGGAGGACACCCCCAGCACUCCGCUACUGAAGAAGGGAGAAAGUUCUGUAUGAUGCUGAGAUAGAAAUGUUUUUAAAGCUGUUUUAUACCAAAGAAUGAAUGAUUGUUCUGUGUUCUUAGUUCUAUAAAUGACAGUGGGAUUUUAUACGAGGAAGAAACACGGAAAAAUGUAGUUAAUAAUGACAGGACACCAAUUGUAAGUCAUUGUUUUGUGUGGUUGGUUUUAUUAAUGCUGGGGUUUAUAAUUAAUGAAGAAAAAAUAUUGCUGAUGAAUAAGAUAAAACAUGACCAUGUUGAUAUUAUAUAUUCAUUCGUUUAACUGAAAGAUGAAGCAAUUUGCCUCUCGUAAAAAAAAUUAGUUUACUGAUCCAACAUAACUACUAUACUUUCAAACUUUUCUUAUUAAUGAAAAGUUGUGAAUAACACACAAAUAAGAACAAUUCAAGUGUCAGAUUUUUCCUUGUUUUACCUGGAAGUAUUCUCCAUCAAGGCUUCCGGCAACGUGAAACUGCCUCUACUCUUUAUGUUCACUCUUGAGAGUUGAAACAAACCUUCACUGAACUGUUUUAACAGUAGCACACCACUGAGGUCUAUCUAAAUUUGAUCUGUUCCCACUGGACAUACUGUAUGUAAACCAGAGAUGGUUGAUUAUAAUUUACUGAGGUGCCUGUAGUGGUUUGAGGCAAUUAUUUGUUGUAAUAAGGAGGCCACCACAAACUUCCCUCCUAGAGGUGAGGAACAGUGAUUAAAUGAUAUAAUUGGGUCUUACUUUCAGGUUAUCAUCAUCAAAAAUUCCUGAAAUAAUAGUUUGUUUUUGACAAAUGUACAUAAACUCGGUGACGUCAUGUGGUUACUUGUGUGUGUGUGUGUUGUAAUAAAUACUGUAAUGCCACUCAGUGCGUACGAGUAGGAAUACAAACCCAGACAGUGACAAUGACAAUCUUGUACAUAUUGUAUCGGGGAAUCGGUGUUGAGUAGAUCACAUUGUGUGUGGUCAUAUAGCCCCUUGUGCCUUUUUAUAUAUAAUUCAUGACAUACGCUUACAGUACGGACCUUCUCUUCCGGGGAUUUAAGGAUGAAUGUUUGGAUACCCUAAUUUCUAAAGAUUUUUUAAGGGAAAACUUUGAAACACCCUACAGUAUUGUCUUUAUUUAAGGGUAUGUUGUUCUACCCUGUCGCUAUUUCUUCUUAGCAAUACUAAAAUUUUCCUCUAUGUCUGUGUUAGGUUCUACAAUCUCAUGCUGAAACAUUAUACUGGUUCCCAGUUGUCAUGUAUACAUAAGGCAACAUGUCUACAAUAGCAGUUGAUUGACUAAUUUAUAAAGAUGUUGCAGUGUGUCAUAACCGCUCCUGUGUCAAUAUUUUAGUGUAUGAAGCUAUAAUUCACUUGGUAACUUUUUCAACUUUCAUAAUUAAGUUCAGUCAGGGAAUGUAAAAUUUAUUUCCAUGCUGUGUUAUUUAUUCUGGAGUUAACACAUAGCAAAUCCCUUUGUCGUGGGAAAGUUACUUCAGCAUUGAUCCCCAGAAAAGUGAAAUAAAUGAUGAAUUGAUAGUUAUUGCGAGCUGACUAAACAUGACACACAAAAGCGAAAAUUUUGAAAUAAAUUUACAUUUUUAUCUGUCAUUUAUUGUUUCAUUUUUUUCAGACACCAUGUUAUUUUGAUAGUGAUUCAGCUAUUAGUUGCUAGCAAUUAGAUGCCGUCUUUUUGCAGCGGAGGAUAAUUGUUGUCUUCAUAUAUGACAACAGGAAGAAGUGGAUGCAUAUUAUUUUUACACAAUAAUGGGAAACAAUUAAUACUUGUUUAUUGUAUGACAACAGGAGAAAUUGGAUACCUGUUGCUCUGUAUACGUCAACAGGAGACAGUAGGGGGUCCUCGUUAUCCGACUGUUCAUUAUUCAUGGAUCCACAGUUACGAGCCCAAAUUAUUGUAGAACUGUCUGUAUACGUAAAAAUUCCAUGAACUUACGGGGAUCCCACAAAUGAAAUCGGUCGGUUGAGAGCAUAAGUUUUGUUUGAAGUUCCCUCUCCGGCCAUUCUCUAAAGUUCAUCCUUCUCGCCCGUGCCACCAUGUACAAUAACAGUCGCCCGUGUCUGCAAGCCUUGUUUUGAAAGUGCGCAAAGGAUUAUUUGUUAGUUUGUUGUGCCUUUAGUGACAUUGGUAGAAUUUUUUUUAGCCAUAUGUUCCAAACCAAAGAAAGGUCUUUCUGGUGUAAGGCCACCACCUCAAAGAGAUGAUGAUGAGAUGGCAGUAGUGCCUCUCUCAUCCUCCGACUAAUCCUCCUCUCCCGGCAUCCACCCCUAUCCAUCCAAUCAAGCCCAACACCUCUACGUUUGAAAGUUAGCUUAUAAAAUUAAUUGAUAUGAUAAGAUUAUUAAUUUUUUAAAUAUUUUAUAAUGUGUCUCAUUGAACCACUUUCACUGAAAUUUGUGUACAAAGUGCGUGUGUGCACAAUGGCCUGACCUCGUGGUUAGGUAGCCUGCAUCACGUCGACACACCAACCCCAAAUAACUUUAAGUACCUUGAACAACUUAUAAAGCUAAAUCAUUUUGUAAAAUAAUGUGUAAUCAAAUGUUUAACAAAUGUUUCUAAGAUAUAUAAAUGUUAAAAGAUAUCAAAAUAUGCUUUUUGAGUGUCAUUUGCAAUGUGAUGGUCCAUUAGAUUCUAUUCCUAUUAAUUCCCAUGGGAAUUAAUCCCCCCAUCCUUGGAUUCGCUAUCCAAUUCAUUUUUCUGGUCCCUGUUGAGCUCGAAUAACGAGGAACCCUGUAUAUACCUGUUCUUUUUGUAUAUGACAACGAGGGUAGAAUUUUGUUUUUAAAAGUGGGAAGAAUAAAGAAAAACAAUUACAAGCACAAACAACAGGAGUUACAAUGACAAACUUCACGAUAAUAAUAAGACACGUGUCAACAGCAAGUGUUCAAUUCUGUAUACAGGUGUCAACAACAUGUGUUAUCAAUAUACAGGUAUUAAUAACAUUUCUUGUCAAUAUACAGGUAUCAAUGAUAUGCGUUGUCAAUAUACGUCCACCAGCAGCAGAAGAACAGGGGUCCAGUUAGACUAAAUACAGUACAGUAUUGUACAUGUACAGUAUAUGCUUCAAGCCAAGUAUUAGUAAACAAACACCUCUCACUCGCUCUAACCUUCCUUUCAAUAUUGUCUAUAUUUCCUGAUAUUAAACUGGUCUCGGUAGCUGGAGUUUGAUCAGUUUCUUUUUUUAUAGGAAUAUUGAUGGUGAUGUGCGGUCAGUAUUAAUGGAAUCACAAUGCUGUCAAAAUAAUGAAAAAUAUUCUUACGAUUGGAAUUUUCGGAUAUAUAGUACAUUGUGUGUAAUAAUGGAACAUAUUGUUGUUUUCAGAAUUGCUCUGCACAUGAGAGAAUUCCUAAAACACGUGAUAAUUUGGGGGGACAGGUUUUCUGGUCUAUUUGCUGUUUGUUACCCAGUAUUUAAUGAGAAUUAGGGAGCAUUGAAUUCAGGGGUUGGAUCUACAAAGAUUCUUACGUUUAAUAGCCCCCUUGAUUGAAUAUUGAAUUUAUUGUAACUAUAAAUAUUACAUCCCAAAAUAGUACUGUACUAAAAUUAUACUAAGAUUCCCUUAACUAGAUAAGUUCACUUAACACCAAAAGGUUAUCUAAGUAAAUUUCGUCUGGUAUUAAGUGGCUAUAUCUAGUUAAGGUGGUUUUAAUAUAAUUGUAAUUACUGUAUAUUUUAGACGUUUUAGUGUAGAUUAAUUUAGUUUUACAGGUAGAGACAGUGUUGUGAUUAUUUUUUCAGAAUUUUGUGCUAUGUGAAAUGUAUCAAUCACUAUUACUAAGCAUUUAAGGAAUUCUAUACAUGAUGCAGCAAUAUUCUUGAAAUGUUAAAAUUCUUGGAUUACUCAUGGCAUUAUUUUUAUCACACAAGAAACAUAAAACUAAAUUGUGGUAGGUUAUUAAGGAAGUCUUUGUAUUGUUUGUUUAUACGAGCUAUUCAGAUAUAAAUUAUAAGCCAAAUAAAUUGUUACUGAUAUAGAGGGAAUACUUUAAUGGAACUUUCAUCUGCUGGGGAUAUUUUGCCAAAACAGUAGUAAUUAGUAAACUCUUUAGUGCUCAACGAUCAGAAAAAAACAUUACCUUUUAUACGUUUUAAUAUAAUAUCAAUGUAACAAAA